AUGCGAAGAUUUUCUACAUCUUCAAGUACAUCAACAAGUCAAAGACAAAUGUUUCCACCUUCAUUACCUGCACCACCUAAUCCAGCUCCAGAUCUUAGUCCAGUAAAAAACCAAUCACGAAGAACAUCUGCACCAGCUGUACCUCAUCGAAAUUAUUUAGCUGUUGAUAAUUGUAACAAUAAUAAAACUAGCCAGAGUAAUAAUAUUGAAACUAUAGAUUUAAAUAGAUAUCCUAUUAAAACCGAUGAAACAAUUACGAAUGAAUUAUCUUCAAAAUAUUGGAUUCAUAGUCCACCACAAUCAUUAAUAGCAGAAAGUAUUUCCCAUUCUGAAUUUGAUAGUUUACUUAUAGCUAAUGAAGGUUUUUCUACAGAAAAUAGUUUCAUAAAUAAAAUAAAAAAUAAUUCAAUAUCUAAAUCAAAUCUUUCACAAUACAGUGAAGAAAGUUUAUUAACAACACUUAUUCGAUGUCAAAAUCUAAAAGAAAAAAACAAUUUGAAUCAAAAAUUAAAAACAAGAAUCAAUCUAAAUGAUCAAGAAACCCAAUCUAAAUCAAUAAAGUCAACUUCAUCCGAUCUUAAUAAUCCUGUACAUUUACCAGAUCAAUCAUGUCUUAGUCAAAGAUUGAUAAACGAUCAUAAUAAUUCUAAUAAAAUCAAUAUAUUGAAUAAUAAUAAUAAUAAUAGUACCACUACAUUCAAUAAUACUUUAGAUAGAAAAACAAAAAAGACUAAUAAUCAAUCUUUAUUAGAUAAAAUAAAUAUUAAUUCUACAAAUUUAAGUAAAGUUGAAUUAGCUAAACGUUGUUGGGAAAAUUAUUUUCGACCUAAACCACCAAGAAUUGGAAGAAAUAAAACUAUAGAAGAUAAUUCAAUGACACAAUCUGUUACAAUAGAUAUGAAUAAUAAAAUAACCGAUCUAUGUUUAAGAUCUAAUAGUGUUGAUUGUACAUAUCGCAAUUUUGAAAAUAAAACUGAUAUAAUAAACAAUUGUGAAUUUAAUAAUAAUAAUAAUAAUAAUAAUAAUGAAAGACAAAAUAAUGAAUAUUUACAAACUUCACAAUAUAAAACAUCAUCUAUAUGUGUAAGUCCAAUUUCAUCAAAUAGUAGUAAUUCAUCAAUAAUUGAUUCUAAUAAAAAUCAAUUACAAUCAUUUCAUAAAAAAAAUAAUCAAUUAAAUAAUAAAAAAACAAAAUAUAUAGGUAAAGGAUAUUCACCUUCAUUUAUUCGUUUAAUUACUGAUAAUGAAUUAGAUAAUAAUGAAGAGAAUAAUCAAAAUUUUGAUCAAAUCUCUAAUCUAGAUCAAUUGAAUUAUCAAUAUUCUGGUUCAACAUUAACUAUUACUGAAAAUACACAAACAACUAAAGAUCAUGAUCAUGAUCAUGAUCAUCAUGAUCAUGAUCAUAAAAUCAAUUCAAAUUCAUCAAUAAAACAAAUUAUAUUUAAUGAAAAACGUUUAUGUCGAAGUAAUAUAGAAUUUUCUAAUUAUAAUAAAGAAAAAUAUUUAAAUUAUUAUCAUGAAUAUUUACGUCCACAAUCACUUACAUUAAAACGUCAUUGUAUUGAUUUUAAAGAUUAUCAUAAUAAAAUUAAUAAAUCUUCUAGUAUAUCAUCAGAUAAUGUUCAAACAACUAAUCAAUAUAAUUAUAAUGAUAAUUUCAUAAAAAAUAAAAAAAAUAAUCCAUACACAUUUAUUGAUUAUAUAACACAGACAAAUAAUAAUAAUAAUAAUCAUCAUCAUCAUCAUCAUUAUUUAAAGAAACAUUCUGAUUGGUUAAAAUUAAAUAUUCUAAAAAAUGAUCAAUUUCCAGAAAAUUAUUUCAAUAAAUCAUUUCAACCAAAUCCUACACAAUUUAUUCAUCAUUCUAUUAUACCAAUAAGUAAUUAUUCAAGAUCAUAUUCAGCAGAUUAUAAUCCAUUAAAAUCACAUUUAAAUAAUAAUAAUAAUAAUAAUAAUUCAAUAAUUAUUGGAAUUGAUAGAUCAGAAUCAUUUGAUAAAAAAAUUAAACAUAUUUCAUCAAAUAUUAAAUUUAAUAAAACUACACAGAAACUAAAUAGUAAAUCAGUACAAUUAACUGAAAUAAAUAAUUUAUCAUUAUCACAAGGAAUUAUUUAUAAUCAUCUUUAUAUCAAUAAUAAAAAAGUAAAUUCUAUAGAUUAUAAUGAUAAUAAUGAAUAUAAUAAUAAUUAUAAAUUAAAAAUGUCACUUUCACCUGCAUCACAACGAUAUGAAAAACAUGUAUUAGCUACUGUAACUGGAAGAUCCUAUUAUAAAACUAAUCAUCAAUUAUUAUUUAAUGAUUAUAAAAAUUAUAUAAAAUAUCAAAAUCCUAUUAAAAAAGUUAAAAUAUUACCUGAUUAUCAAUAUGAUAUCAAUCCUAUAGAGAUGAUUAGAGAUUACCAUCAUGAUGAUGAUCAUGAUGAUGAUGAUGAUGAUGAUAAUGGUGGUGGUGAAGAAGAAGAACAACAAGAACAAGAACAACAACAAGAACAAGAAGAGAAUGAUUCAAAUGAUCAUCAAAAUGAUAAUUUAAUGAAUAGAAAAUUAUGGCGUGAAAAAAUUGGAGCUAUUACUAAAUGGAGACGUGAUGUUGAUAAUGCUAUGUUAGCUGGUGAAACAGAAAUAGUUUAUUCACCAGAAACUAUAUUACAUGAUAAUUGUAUAAAAGAACAAUUUAAUAUAUCUUCUAUACCUAAUAAACAUGAUUCAAUUAAUUAUUUACAACCAACAAGUAUACAAGGUAAUACUAUUCAAUCAAAUGGAUUAUAUUCAUUAAUAAAUAAUGUUGAAAUAAAUUAUUCAACUUCUUGUGCUUUACCAAUAAUACAAUCUUAUACAUAUAGUAAACCAUUAAUUAAUGAUAAUGAAACAGUUGGAACAAAACAAAAUCUAUUGUAUUCAAUUAAUAAUUUGAAACCAAGCACAUAUCAAAUACCAAUGACGAAAGAUAUGAAUUUGUAUGACAAUGUGGUACCAAAGUACUAUCAACCAACAAAUUAUUCUGUACCAUCUAAAGUUGUAAUCAAUCCUAGUGGAGUAACAAAUGAUCAAACAUAUCAAUAUGAUAAUAAUAAUAUUCGACUAGAUAAUUCACAACAGAUCAAUUCAAAAUAUCAACCAAUGUGGAUUAAAGCACCUAUACCUCAAUUACGACUUUCACGACAACGAUCAAAUUCAGGUAACGCUGUUGUUUUACAACCUAAUCAACAAAUAGAAAAUUUUACAAAUAUACCAAAUUAUUAUACAUCUAAUAUCCCGGUUAAUUUAACAUCGAAUAGACAAGGAUCAAUUCAUCAUUCAUAUGAACCAAAUAUUCCACUUCCUAAUAUAAAUUCACCUAUCAAUCAAUAUAAAACUUCAACAGGGAAAUCAUUUCGAAAUUUUCUCACUCCAAAAUUAAGACGUAAAACAUAUGAAUUGGAUAAAACAGAAUCUAUCAAAUUGAAACAAGAUGAUUACAAGCCAAUAAAUACACUACAAACUAACUCAGUUGAACAACAUGUAGGAAACAAUAAUUCCAGAUCAAUAAAUGAAAGAAACAACCAAUUUAAAAAAGUUGUCCCAUCAACAUCUUAUACUGAUGCGCUUAAUUUGGCUGUUGCUGCUAAUACCGCAUUAUAUGAAGCAUUUAAUCAGUCUAUAACUUCAACAGAUUCAUGUCAGAAAACUAAUUCAACGAAUCAAAAUAACCCGGUAUCUUUCAAACAACAAAAAUUCAAAACUACUUCUUCAUCGGUCAAUCCAGCCUCUUUAACAAUAACUAAUGAAAGAUCUUCAGCUGAAAUCAGUUUAUCACCAAAUGAAUCAGUAAAAACAGAAAAUAAAAAUAAUACAUGUCAAUGGACUAAAAUUAGUAAACCAUAUAAAAAUAUCUCUCUUUCUCCAAUUUCAUCAAAUUCACAAUAUAAUAGAGAUAAAAAUUCACCAAUAGAAAAACAAAUGGACAAGAACAAAUUUAAAACUGAUACAACAGAACAAACAUUAUAUUCAGAUAAUAAAUCUAGAAGCCCUAAAUUAAUAAUAAGUGAAAAGUCAGAUGAUUUAACAGAAACAAACACAGAUACUAGGCGGAUACCUGGACGUCUUAAAUCAAGUCUUCGUCAUGCUGUUACAUUAAGUCCAUGCCGUCGUAAACCAGAUGUAACUAUAGAACAAUGUAAUAGUCCAUAUCUUCAACCUAGUCCAUUAGCUUUAAGUUCAGGAUUUGUAUCAGCUGGAUCAAUUGUGAAUGCAGUUGAAGAAUGUAAUGAAAAAAUGAAUAAAGAUGGAUUCGCAGAAACUUCACCAAAAGUAAAAACUGUUCCUCCUCCAGUUGGUGUUCAUGAUUAUCCUAUUGUUACCAAUUUAGAAAAAGAUUUAAACAAAAUUGACAGUUUAAUUAAUGAUACUUUAAAUAUUCAUGUCAAUGAUAUUACUCCACAAAUAAAAUUAAAUCAAUCUGAAUUAUCUAAUAAUUGUAUACAAAAAUCAAAUGAAUCACAACAAUCUAAAUUUAAUAAAUUAUUACCAUUACAAACAUUACCACCAUGUAAAUUAUUACUUGGUCGUGUAGCAUCAAAUGAAGAUAUUUGUAUUGAAACUGAAACACCAUUUUCAUUUAAUAUAGCAGCAACUGAUAAAGAAAUUUGUAUAACACGAGUAGCUUCAGUUGAAGAUUUAAAAUAUCAACAACAACAUGAUCAAUUAAAAGGUAACAAUAAUAAUAAUAAUAAUAAAUCAAUAAAGAAAAAUCAUAAACGUAUUCCAAUUAGUUUAAGAUUAACAUUUGGUUCUGAAUCAAAACUUAAUAAAUCUACAUUAAAUUCUAAUGAUAAUGAUGAUUUAAUGAUAAAAAAUUAUCGUUCAAUGUAUUAUGUUGAUAUACCACAAGGUAUAAGAACAAAUGAAUUAAAACGUAAAACAAAUCAAUUAAAAAAUAUAAAUAAUAAACAAAAUAUAAUACGUUAUAGUUUACCAUGUAUUACAUAUUGUGAAGAAUUACCAAAACCAAUUUCAUUAUUACCACCAUUAGCUAUAGAAAAGAAUCGGUGAUAUUUUUUAAACUCAGUAAUUCUUUAAAAUUAAAUAUUGUUUUUUUUCUCUCUUCUACACCAUUCUUAUCAUAAACAUAUGAAUAAAUGAUCUUUAAUCAUCUAUGGAUUAUAACAAUAACAACAACAAUAACAACAAUAACAGCAACAACAAUGACAACAACAACAUUAACAACAACAACAACAACAGUGACGACAACAACAACAAUAACAAAAUGUUAUACUACUAAUGAAAUAUCCUUUUUAAUUGAAUUCUGUUGAUUAUGUAAUAAUGAUUGAUUAGAUUGUAGUAACUAUAGUAAUAAAUAUGAAAUAUUGAUUUUCGAAUGUAAUUAAUAUUGCAUUCAAAAAGCAGAAAAAAGACAAAUAGGAAAAGAUAACCUAUUACUGCUUGUGUAACAUUAUUGAUAUACAAACAAAUAAUUAAUGCUUGUUGUAUAAAGUAUUUGGGUGUAUACCACUUUCUUUUUAAAAAGUAAAUCAAUAACCAAUAUUUGAUUUAUUUGCAACUAUUCAAUAUUUAGCAUGAAUGAAUAUACUAUUAUUUAAAAACCAUGUCACCCGUUUUCUUUUUUUUCUUUUUUUUUUUUAAUCUUUGCUACUUCAGAUUUUACUUAAAUUCAGAUUAACUAAAAUGAAUUAAAUUUUAAUUCCUAAAUCAAAAAUACCAUAUAAUUUCCUUUUAUUAUAUAAAUAUAUAUGUAUGUGUAUGUUGCCAAGUAAACGAAUGAUCUUUUCUAAUAGGGAUGCAUGGAAAUUGAUUCUUAGUUUGUGUUGUUCAUUGGACAAUUUCAUAAACAAGGCGUGUAUUUUUUUUCUCUGAUGUAUUUAGGAAAUAAACUUCGUUAUGGAUGGUAGAGUGUUGUAAAUAUUGACAUUGUGUUUAAUGAUUACUAGAAUGUUCAAGUGUUUAAACGCUAGAAAUUACAAUGAAACUUACUAUAUUAGAGUUAUAAUAAGUAAUUAAUUGUUUAUAAUACAAAUAAUGGAAUAUUGUAUGUUUGUUUAUGAAUAUGCUGUUGAAAACAUCAAAUGAUAUUAACAAUGGCUAAGUAAUUAAAAGGAAAUGCUUCUUCAAGAUAAUUUGGUUGUUAAAAAUUGAGAUUAUUUGUGCUUUAUGUGAUGGAAAACGAUUUGAUGAGGUAUCUGAAUACAGAAUAACAAUUUAUUCAUAUUGGUAUCAAAUUCUCAGCCUUUUAUGUUAACUUUGGCUUACGUAAGUCAGUUUUUAUGCAUAUUCCGACUAGUUCGUAGACAAAAUAUGUGGCGAGAAAAGGAUUAUAUAACUGUCGGAUGUUGUUCGGUGAAUUUGUAUCAGAGCGACUUUUCGUGAAGGAAUAUUAAGUGUAGUUCACAAAGAAGACCAG